AUGCGAACUGGCCCGACAGUGAUGUUGAACGACAUGAUGACGAGGGCCCUUCGGGAUGAUUCAACCCUAGUUGUGUUUGACGCGAAGGAGCUGAAGGAAGCUGAGCGGCGAUCGAGAGAGACAUGGCAGAGGAUUUGUGAUGCAAUCAAGUUCAAUACCAAUAUUCGAGAGCUGCUGCUACGAGACUGUUCGAUCGAUGACAUGGGAGCUGUCGUCCUGUCAGAGGGCCUUGCACAAAACAACCGUAUUGUUCAUGCAGACUUGCAGUAUAACAACAUCGGAGAUGCCGGGGCAUCUGCCAUUGUUUGUUGA